UUUAAAGAAAGCAAAUAGAGACCCAUAAUCUUUAUCUCAAAGAGGAUUUUUUUUCCCUCUCACCGUAGAAGUGUGCAUUGCAUACUAUUUAAAAACCUUUGUUGUUUUGGACUAUAGGAUAUCUAAAUCCCAUUUGAGCAAACAUAUCUUUUUUUUCCCCCGAUUGUGUCAUUUUUAUAAUAAAACACAUAAAAUAAAAACUUAUUUUUUAUUUAUUUUUUUAGUUUUCCCGAGUAAUGUAGCGUUUCCCUUCAAUCCCUUAUAUUAUCAUUUGUCCUCAUUCCUUUUGGUUUACCUUGACCUUUUACAAGAGGUCACCCACCCCCGUAGGAAGAAAGGCUGUCAAGUCAAACACAAUACAUAUUGUAAUUUUUCCGUGCAUUUAAUAGUUGACUUUGGGGGGGGGAAAUGCUGGCUCGGUCUGUGAGUAAUAUAUGAACUGAUAAGUAACUAGUUUAUAUUUCCAGUGCUAAAGAUAAGAUGGUUUGUAACCUAGCCACUGUACUCCAGUAUUAUCUCCAGUUAAUGGACAUUACACUUGCUUCCCCCCCCCCCCCCCCCCCAUUCACACUGAAUACUUUUAGCCUUCUAUUUGCCACUUCAAUUCUUUUCUGCUUCUAUUUGCCACUUCAAUUCUUGUUCCAUUAUAUGGGGCUCCCUGGAUCGGGUCAAAUCUGGAGGUGUGCAGUUGUCCCAGUGGUUACAGGCCCUCUUAUUUCAUACUAGAUGGGGGUGUUUGAGGAGUGGGGAUGGAGUAUCAGGGAGUGUCGAGCUCCUCUGUUCUGUCGCUCCACCCCCCGCGCGCUUGCUAAGGAUUGGUGGAGUCUGCGCGCCUUGAGCUGUCUUCCUGACCUUUCACCCAUCUCCCAAAAGUGCUGGAGAGCCCUUCAACAGUGCUUUUUAUACACCCAUUCUCGUUAACUCCGUCUCACUGUGCCUAUUGUACCCAUGUUUCUCUUACAACAUCAAAUAGACAACCAUAUAGUUGAAUAAGCCUAAACUCAGGUGCCUUGCAAUGGCGCCUUCCAUCGGUGUCAGGCAGACAGCUCACAAUCUGUACUCCACCGCCUGCGUCAGAUGCGGUUCUAAAAGGACAGGCGUGCGCAGCAACAGCGAUGACUUCUUCAUUUCAGAGCUGUGGAGGCUUCUAGAUCCAAAUAAACCACAGACUUUUUUCCCUACCCCAUUGGCCAGGAUUCAAGAGAGCAGGCCAGGACAAAGCAUUUUAAGCAAUAAAAUAUUUCCUGACAAUGCUAAAAGGCAGAAAAUAAAUGAUUAAUUCUUCUUCCAUUUUGCUUCAGAUAUGUAAUUUCCCCAAAGCAAGGGGAUCAGUUCAUUAUGUUUAAGAUCAAGCCAGUAACUGCCCUCCUGUAGUUACAACUAAAUUGAAUUCAAACAAGUGAUAUAACUUGAACCAACAAACACAACAAAGCCUUUCUCCCCCCCCCCCUGCUACCACAAACAUUUUUUGGGUUUUCUUUUAAACUAAACAUUUGUUUUGUUUUGUUUUGCAUGAAUGACUACUGAAUAUAGUCAGUUAUGUUUGUUGUGUUUUGGAAGAACCUGCUACAUUUCCAUGUUGAAAGACAAAUGCAUUGUUUAUCAAAUUUACUAACAAUGUUGUUUCUGAUUUUGUCUCUUUUGGUUUUUCCUCAACUGAAAUUGUUGUAUAGAAGGUUUCAGGUGGGUGACACUAUUUCUGCGUAGGUGCCCGGCGGGAAAGGAACACUAAGGGCAGCCUCAGUCUUCUCUUCUUCCAGCCAGCCGCGGCCACCUCUCUGACAAAGUCCAAAAAUAUGGCUUGCUACCUGAAAGCCAUUGAGACUCAGCCCAACUUUGCAGUCGCUUGGAGCAACCUGGGCUGUGUGUUCAAUGCCCAGGGGGAGAUAUGGCUAGCCAUACACCAUUUUGAAAAGGCUGUGACGCUGGACCCAAAUUUCCUUGAUGCAUACAUCAAUUUAGGAAAUGUUUUGAAGGAAGCCCGAAUCUUUGACAGAGCUGUGGCUGGAUAUUUGAGAGCCCUGAGUCUUAGUCCCAACCAUGCAGUUGUUCAUGGUAACCUGGCCUGUGUCUACUAUGAGCAAGGCCUCAUAGACCUGGCUAUUGACACCUACCGCCGAGCUAUUGAGCUACAGCCUCACUUUCCAGAUGCCUACUGCAAUUUGGCAAAUGCACUGAAGGAGAAAGGCAAUGUGUCUGAGGCGGAAGAGUGCUACAACACAGCUUUGCGUUUGUGCCCAACACACGCAGACUCCCUUAAUAACUUGGCUAAUAUCAAACGUGAACAAGGCAACAUUGAGGAAGCAGUUCAGCUUUAUAGGAAAGCGCUAGAGGUGUUCCCAGAGUUUGCUGCAGCUCACUCAAACCUGGCCAGUGUUCUGCAACAGCAAGGGAAACUUCAAGAGGCUCUCAUGCACUACAAGGAAGCCAUCCGAAUUAGCCCCACAUUUGCGGACGCCUACUCAAACAUGGGCAACACGCUGAAGGAAAUGCAAGAUGUACAAGGAGCGCUCCAGUGCUACACCCGUGCCAUCCAGAUCAAUCCUGCUUUUGCUGAUGCUCACAGCAAUUUAGCUUCAAUACACAAAGAUUCUGGGAACAUUCCAGAGGCCAUUGCAUCUUACCGCACUGCCUUGAAACUCAAGCCUGAUUUCCCUGAUGCUUACUGUAACCUGGCACAUUGCUUGCAGAUUGUGUGCGAUUGGACUGAUUAUGAUGAACGGAUGAAAAAACUCGUGAGCAUUGUUGCUGACCAGCUGGAAAAGAAUCGCUUACCCUCGGUGCAUCCUCACCACAGUAUGUUGUACCCGCUCUCUCACGGCUUUCGCAAGGCCAUUGCUGAGCGCCAUGGAAACCUAUGCCUGGACAAGGUACACGCUCUCUUAAAAAUCAAUGCGUUGCACAAACCUGCCUACGAGCAUCCAAAAGAUUUGACGGCCAGCGGUGGACGUCUGCGUGUCGGUUAUGUCAGCUCAGACUUUGGCAACCAUCCGACAUCCCACCUGAUGCAGUCCAUUCCCGGAAUGCACAAUCCUGAGAAAUUUGAGGUGUUUUGCUAUGCCCUGAGCCCUGAUGACAGUACCAACUUCCGAGUGAAAGUGGUGGCAGAGGCUCAUAAUUUCACAGACCUCUCACAGAUUCCUUGUAAUGGCAAGGCAGCUGAUCGCAUUCACCAGGAUGGGGUCCACAUUCUGGUUAACAUGAAUGGCUACACCAAGGGAGCCAGAAAUGAGCUGUUUGCCCUCCGCCCUGCUCCUAUUCAGGCUAUGUGGCUAGGUUACCCUGGAACCAGCGGAGCUCCCUUCAUGGACUACAUAGUCACCGACAAGGAGACAUCGCCUGGGGAAGUAGUUGAGCAAUAUUCUGAGAAGGUUGCCUACAUGCCACAUACCUUUUUCAUUGGAGAUCAUGCCAAUAUGUUUCCUCAUCUCAAGAAAAAGGCAGUAAUUGAUUUCAAAUCAAAUGGACACAUUUUUGACAACCGCAUUGUCCUCAAUGGUAUUGAUCUGAAGGCCUUCUUGGACAGCCUGCCAGAUGUCAAAGUGAUAAAGAUGAAAUGUGACAACAAUCAGGAACCUGCUGCAGACACAAAUGGAGCAUUGUCUAUGCCUGUGAUCCCCAUGAACACAGCUGCUGAAGCAAUCAUCAAUAUGAUCAACCAAGGCCAAAUUCAGGUCACCAUCAACAGCUUCACCGUCAGCAAUGGCCUUGCCACCACACAGAUAAAUAAUAAAGCUGCCACAGGGGAGGAGGUGCCGCGCACAAUUGUUGUGACAACCCGUUCCCAGUAUGGUCUUCCAGAGGACUCUAUUGUGUACUGCAACUUCAACCAACUCUACAAGAUUGACCCCCCAACCCUUCAGAUGUGGGCCAAUAUCCUAAAACGUGUGCAGAACAGUGUGUUGUGGCUUCUUCGGUUCCCCGCUGUGGGUGAGCCCAACAUCCAGCAGUACGCUCAGAACAUGGGCCUCCCCGGUUCUCGCAUCAUCUUUUCUCCGGUAGCCCCCAAAGAAGAACAUGUUAGGAGGGGUCAGCUGGCCGACGUGUGCUUAGACACGCCUCUGUGCAAUGGUCACACCACAGGCAUGGAUGUUCUGUGGGCUGGAACACCUAUGGUCACUAUGCCAGGUGAAACGCUUGCCUCACGAGUGGCUGCAUCACAACUCAGCUGCCUUGGCUGUCCGGAACUCAUCGCCCACAGUCGACAGGACUAUGAGGACAUAGCAGUCAAACUGGGAUCUGACAUGGAAUACUUGAAGAUGAUUAGAGCACGUGUUUGGAAGCAGCGCAUCUGUAGUCCUCUCUUCAACACCAAGCAGUACACGAUGGACUUGGAGAGGCUCUACUUGCAGAUGUGGGAGCACCAUAGCAACGGCAGCAAGCCGGAGCACAUGUUUAAAGUUCACACAGUAGAAAGCAGUGACAGUGCCUGAACUGGAAGCCCUCCCAUUUCUACCGUUUCACAACACCACCAUGUUCCUCCCCACCAUCUCUUUUUUUUUUUUUUUUUUUUUUUUUUUUUUUUUAAACCACGAUAGGCAUCCUAGCUUGAAUGGUUUACUUGCAGCCCUCUCCCGAGAGUUGAUUGUGUUGCGCACUCUAUUUGAAGUGGGACUCAAAGUGACAUGGACACACACACACAUAUAUCACCCCAUCACGUUUUGUAUUACGUGAUUGUGACUACAGUAGAGGAAAGCAUGAGACAAUUGAGUGACCACUGAACACUCUUUACUACUUGGAUCAAUAGUAGUUUUCUCUCUCUCUGUGUGUGUGUGUGUGCGUGUGCGUGGAUGUACAGGACUAAUUGCAGCUUGGGGAGAAAAUAUCUGACCCUUAAUAGUUUUCUAUUUAAAAAGGAUCUUUUUUUUUUUUUUAAUCAGAAUUCUGCGCCAUAGAAAUUGAAAGUCUAACAAGUUAUUUCAGCUAUAACAUGUCAUUUUAGUUGAGAUUGCAACUGCUCUCUAGUUUCAACCUAGAGAUGUUAUUUAAUGACAAAAAGGAGUAGAUGUGCAAAUUAAUUUGAAUACUAUGACAUCCUGUCCUCACCAAAUCUGCAAUUUAGCCAUUGUCUCGUUUUGAUGUUACACUGCUUAUUAACAUUAAUGGCCAGUUGGAUAAAGAAGCUAAAUUGCAGUAAAGAUCAAAGCAGAUUGAUCUCCUUUUAAAUCACCUGGAAGGAACAGACUAGGUAAGUAUUUUCUUAGCAGUUUUGUUUUUGUAUUGUCUUUAGUUUAUGCUGUCAAUUAUCCUUUGCUUUGAAUAUGGGGGAAAAUAAAGAUGGCAAUUUGCAAAGUC